AUGGAGGAAGUGAUGAAGUUCCGGCUGGUGGAGAAGAAGACCUUUCUGGAGUUUGUCCCCAGCGAAGGCGAAGCGUUGAGACGCUCUUUGAGUUUGCCAGUGUUGUUCAGCUUAGAGGCAAGCGAAGGUGGCGAAGAUCUUGUGGAAGCCCCGAUCAACAAUCCAGCCCCGAAGCUUGUAGGUGUGACGGUGCAUGAGCAUGACGUCCAGUGUACAGAAUCAGAUUCUUCACCAGGCACAGCAUCCACGUUGAGGCAUCGUACAGCUGGGCGAUUGGCAUCCACACGUUGUGGUAGCAAUGCGAGUCUGUUGACAUCUCUGGCAGACUCAACACGCAGAGGCAGCUCAUGGUUUCUUGAAGAGGACUCAGACUCUGACGGUGUGCCAGAGCCAGGAAACAAGCUUGGCUCCAGCUCGCCAACCCAUUCCACUGUCAGUGGCUCAAGCUCAACCAGCGCGGGCACCCUUCAACCGACCCAGUCCGUAGGAUCUGCUUUGCACGAGGCCAAGCUUUGCAAGCCCUGUGCCUGGUACUGGCGACCUGGCAGUUGCACAAGGGGCACAGAUUGCCUUCACUGUCACCUUUGCGCUGAUGGAGAACUGUCAAAGCGGAGGUUUCAGAAUCGCAAGCUGGCCAAGCUGCGCAAGAGGCAGAGUAAGGCAGAGGCUCGUGCCAAGAAUAUCUAG